AUGAAAGGAACGACCUUUUCUUCAAAUUAUUGGCGCAAAUGGAGCUGCUCAUUUUUUUCAUGUGUCAUCGGCUUCACAUUCGGAGUUAUAAUGAACUACCAAGGCAUCAUUUUCGAAAACAUCCGCGUCAGUCUGGACGUUAGUGUGUUCGAUAAUUUAAAUUCAACAAAUGCCGCCAGCAUGAUUCUCACAAGGUGGCCACAUUUUGAGAAAAAUCUAUUGUCUCUAGUCAACAUAAGUACGGGAAAAGCAUACGUUGUACCGAAUAUCAUACAUUUCAUUUGGUUUGCUAACAACGACAAAAAAGAGAUGAAGUUUAUAAAUUAUGUGAGCAUAUCAAGUGCUUACAAAAUACACAAACCAGAUGUAAUAAUGUUCCAUUGUAAUUUUCUGCCUUCAGGAAAAUGGUGGGAAACUUUAUGGAGAUCAAUUCCGUUGAAAAUAGUUUACAGAAAGAAGCCGAGCACAAUACACGGCCAGAAUAUUAUACAUACAUUUCAUAAAGGCGAUGUAGCAAAAAUUGAAAUUUUAAUGGAGUACGGUGGCAUAUAUUUGGAUUAUGAUGUACUGGUCGUGAAUAGUCUAAAUCCUCUCAGACGCUACGAUGCUUGCCUUGGAAAGGAGAAACCUCCAAAAUUGAUAGCUGGAAUCAUCAUUGCUCAAAAGAAUUCCUUAUUUCUAAAAAUGCUUCACGAGUCAUACAAAAACAAUUACCGACCGUACGACUGGGACUACAACUGCGCUCGGGUGGCUUACCAAAUUGCUCUUCAGCGGCCUGAUCUUAUACACGUCGAGUCAAGGAGGUUGACAACUCCCGAUUGGCAGGACAGAAAACAACUGUGGCGCGAAAUUAUUGAUUGGAGUGAUCUCUACGUCAUACACAUAAUGGGACAUUUCGACUUUCAAGAACACACGCCCGAAUCGAUCAAGUCCCUGAACAGCACCUUCGGUGAGGUCAUGAGGUACCUCUAUUACGGAAGUCCCAAGUUGAUAUUGAAGUGACGAUUCGCCUUCAAUUUCGUUUAGUGAUUUUCUCAUACAUUUUUUAAAAUUAAGAUGUUUUCUUCUAUCGCUAGUUUUUACUGUGCGUGUUCUAAAUGUAAAUUAAUGGGAGCAAUGAAAAGUUGUCAUUACAGAUUUAUUAUGUUAAUUUAAUUUGUUUGCUCGUUUGAUCAUUUUCUGUUUCAGACACGUUUUGUUCAUGAAAUUGACUAAGAAGUGAGCUAAGCUCUUUUCUUGAUCUUUUAAACUUUUUUAUUUCAUCAAUUUUUUUAAAUACUAAUUAAAUGCAAACUACAACAAAUAAAUUAUACAAUUAAAUAAAACACACACACGCACACACACACAUAUAUAUAUAAAUAUAUAUAUAUACAUACAUACGUGUACAUACACAUAUAAAUAAAUAUGCACUACAUUAUAUUAGUAUAAUUUAACCAAUUUUGAAAUGUAAGAAUCAUACAAAAUGAAUCCAUUAUUACAUAUAAACCUCAAUAGUGAAGUUUUUUUAACAUUCCCACUAAACACGUUUCAGGCAUGCUUCGUAUAUGAACACAUUCAUCUAAUUGAUUUUUGGAGGAUAUUAUAGAAGGGAAUACUAUUAAUAAUAAUGUUUGUCUAUCUGUUUUAAAAUAAAUACUAAAUAAAUAUUUUCAUAGCAAAACCAAAUGAUGAGCUCCUGUUAUUUCUAUUUUUCUAAAAAAAAUGUCGUGCAUAUGUAUAUAAAAAUUUGUAAAGUUCAUCCAAAUGAUUAUUACAUUUUUUAAUAAAAUGAUUACGGAUGG